CCCGGGAAGCCUUGUUUAAAUGCCGUUACAAAAUUGAAGUACCAGUUAAAGGCACAGUAUUUGAGCAUUUCUUUAACCUUAGUGAUGAAAUGUUGGAAGAUUCUACUUCCCUAAGUAGGUUCACCAAGAACAGGGACCCACAACAUUUCUACACAUUUGUGCCACAGUAUAAAAACUAUGCAUAUCUCCUGGACCGUCUAUUAGAAGCCCAUUAUCCAACAUUGCUAGUAGGAGAAGCAGGGUCAGGCAAGACAAUAUUGUGCAAGACUUUAUUACAAGAAAGACCACAUCUGCACGUACCAGUAAGCCAACUUCUAGGCUCUGCUGAUUUAUGCAAUAUACUUGAGAGGAUUGGGUGCCAGAACACAUCUAUGGACUCUUUGGAUACCACCAUGCAGCAUCAGGCUUUGCUUCUGUUUGUAGAUGACUUACAUGAAUCAGCUCUUGGUAAAACUUCAGCAACUUUGGAAACCUUGCGGCAGUGCAUAUCAAGGGACGGAGUGCAGAAUUCAGAUGGCUAUCACUUUAAGCUGUUUAGCUCUGGAGCAGUUAGUUAUCUGGGCACUUGCAGGACUCUUGGAACGCACAAAAGUGGCUACAGUCAGAUUUCCCCACGGCUCUCUAGACUGUUUACGGUCUUGGUACUUCCUGUAAUGACUGCAGAUAUUCUUUAUUCUAUCCAUUCGUCACAAUUACUUCAGUGGCUGAGAAAUUUCCAACCUAUGCCAAGGAUUGCAGAUAUGGCACACUGUAUUGUUGCUACAACCUUUGAUGUGUAUCUUGCUGUGUGUGAACAUUUAUCCUCUUCUGCCCAUUCUCCUCACGUUGUUUGGUCAUUACAUGACCUUCAAAAAGUAUUCCAAGGAAUGUGCCUCUUUGAUCCUAGGACCACAGCCCAAUACUUACACCAAAGAAGGCCUAGUGUCAAUUUUCAGAGUCUUUCUUCAUUUUCAUUGUCAGCAUUUGAUCCAGCUUUCCUGGGUCCUGCAAGGAACAUACUCAGUAUUGCCCGUCUGUGGAUACAUGAGUGUUUGCGCACCUUUGGUGAUCGCCUGUCCUCUAAUGAAGAAAGCCAAAAACUGGUUUCGUUCCUUUCACAAGCAUCUGAAAAGAAUUUUGGUAGCAAGUUGGUAAUUGAAUCCCAAAUCUUUGCAGAAAUGCCAGACCCUGAAUGCCAAAUAAAAAGCACACCUACAGAUGAUAUAAACCAGCAUGGACAUAUGACUAUGCAGCAAGAUAAUGUUGAGUGUAUUGCAUCCAGAAAAGAAUCUGCUUCACCUCUUGUGGUUGUAGUGACUGAGGAUCAGUCAAAACUGACUGAAUCAGAGUGCUCUGAGGAGCUGAGCAGCUCCAACUCUAAUGCAACAUGUGAAAAACCUCAUACCAUCUCUAUAAGGCCUCAGCAGGUGCUGAUUGAAAUUAGUUCUUCUAAUGAUAUGGUCUUCAGCCCAGAAUUUAGCAGACUCCACAUGUGUAGAGCACAGAAGCAGUUACAACGCAACAUAGUGUACCAGGAGAGAGACCUGGAUGUGUUAAUAGAACAGUUGACUAACAUUGUAAAAAGCAUAGAAGAAAAAGAUACUUUCUGCAAAUAUGCUAAAUUUGCUGUGUACCACCAGAGAGUACGACAGCUUAUACAUAUCCUACGUGCCUUGCUCAUACCUAAUGGACAUGGGGUUCUGCUUGGAGCUGCUAAGAAAACCGGGCGAAAGACAACAGUACGUCUAGCAGCUUAUUUGACAGGAUACCAACUAAUUGAAGUCCAUUGUGGAAAUGAGGUCAAACUGAAGGAGAUGUUAAAAGAGGCUCAGCAUCAGAUUGACAUGCAUGGGGAACAUGUAGUUUUUAUGGUUCAUGAGAAUACUAGUCAAGCAACUAGGGAUGAACUACUGGUGAUUAUGGAAACUUGGCGGCAUGUAGAUCAAGAACUGAAGGAAGUGAGAUCACAUAUCAGUGAUGUGGUCAAGAAUUCACCAGAUCAAAGUAUCAGCCAUGUUAAUAAAAGGUAUUUCAGGAAUAAACAAAGACAUAUCCAUGUGUUUUUGCUACUGCCUCUCAGCCAGCACACUUAUGAAAGAGAAACUGGACAGUCAUCUGUAAUUGCGUGUCAUAUUACUAAGGCUUUAACCCUCUGCUGUUGUGUAGAGGUAUACCAUACUUGGAGCACUGAGGCUUUAGUUGAAAUUGCCUCUGUUCAUCUAAAGUACAGUGUAGAUGACAAUACCUUGGUGGCCAAUAUUGCUCAGGCAAUGGCUGCAAUACACCAGUCUGCUACAAAAUAUGCUUCAACAUUCCUAAAUACCAUUUGUGACCAGCUGUACAGCCCACAGACAUAUAUUGAGCUGACAGAAUACUUCAGUCGCCUUCGUGACCACCUCUUUGAGCAAGGAAGAACACAUGCCAACAGGCUGGCAACAGUUCUGGCCCAUUUGAAGGAUCUGACUAACACAGCCCAGGAUUAUAGCCAGGAAGCUUUCCAGCUUAAAGUCAAAUUUCAGGAGGCACAAAAGGAGCUAAGCCAGUUGCAAAUGGCUAUGGACACUGAGCGUGCAGUCUGUGAAAAGACUCAUCAGCAUUGCUUAUUGGAAGAGAGCUGGCUUUCUCAUCUACAAGAACAAUUAGAUCUAGCAGAAGAGCAAGCUCAAGAUGCCCUCAAAGAGGUGACUCCACUGUAUCAGGCAGCCCUUUUGGCUCUGCUUUCUUUAAAUCAGUCUGACCUGGAUGAAGUCAGACACUACAGGCAUCCCCCUGAAGGAGUAGUCAUUCUGAUGAAUGCUAUAUGCAUGCUAUUCAAUUGCCCAUGCAACUGGGAAAGUGGCAAACAUCUUUUAGGGCAGCCUAAUUUCUUACAGGUUAUUAAUUGCUUGCAUUUUAUUAGUUAUUUAAUACCAAAAAGUCCAGUAUAUUGCUUAAAUCUCAGUAGUAAAAAACUUAUUUCUCCUUUACUCAUCUUACUCCAGGAAAUGCAAUUUUUUGAUCACUCAAAGUUAAGCAAUGAGUUGUUUGAAGAGUUGGGACAAAUUGUACAGGCUCCAAACUUCCAGACAGACUUAGUCUGUGAUGUCAGCCAGGCUUGUGAAUCUUUGUGCAGCUGGGUGCGAGCAGUGUACCAGUAUGCCUGUGUUAAACGCCGUAUGGCUCCUCAGGAAGCUCACAAGAACCAUUUAAAUAAUUGCAUGGUUGAAAUCCGUGCACGGCUGCAGGUGGCUCGGCUGCAGGAAGAGGCUGCACGAGACAGACUAGAGGUUGUUGAGAAGCAACACCAGUUUGUCAGAAACAAUUUAAAGGAGCUUUCAGCCCAGCUCCAUAAGGUUGAAAUCCAAGAGAAAGAGGCUGCUGUCACUAUUAAUCAAGUAAGCUGUUACAUUGAGAAAUGGAACAUGGCUAAAAAGGAAACUGAAAUGAAUGACCACACCAUUCCAGGUGAUGCAUUGUUAUUAGCUGCUGCAAUAACAUAUUUGGGCCCAUUUGGGCCUGAUAUUCGACUGGAUCUGCUAAAAAAGUGGCACAAAAUGUGCCUCACAGGCAAGAUUAUCAUUGGUCCAGAAGAUAUACGAACAUCUUUAUUUGAUGAAUCACAGUUGCAUUCUACUGAGAAUGCCCACUUUGAACAUAUUCCUGUGGCUAUGGAGCUUCACAGGGUUCUGUCACAAGCACUUGGGAGGGAUCAACAUCUCAUUCAAGCAGUGUCUCCCAAUCAUGUCUUAAAACUGUUGUUGUGGGGACAUAGAGCUCCAUGGGCUCACAAAUGGGCUUUGCUUACAGACACACAGCAACAUAAAAAACGCAGUUGCCAAACAAGGCUGACAGGCCUGUUCCCAGUAAAUGCUGGAGGAACUGAAAAAGAAGACUUUGAGCUCAUUGUUUCUGCAGAUGACCCAGAAUUUAUUCACAAAAUCAGUCAUGGUGCAAAUAAAGGUAUGAAAGUUUUGGUGACUGAAAUUGAACAUGCUGUGCCAAGGGAAGAGUUCCUCAGUAUGUUAGAUCGGCCAGCUGGAAAUCACAUUUUUCAUGUGUUCCAUCCAGUCAAAGCACUGCACCCGGAAUUUUGCCUGUUUCUUAGCACCUCUCUUCCAGCAAAACUUCUGUUAGAUGAGAUCCACCCCUUAAUAUUGAUGAAGGUGAACGUUAUAGAUCUAUCUCUAAGCACAUCAGAAGUCCAGGGUAUUAUUCUGAGUGACUUAAUACAGUCUAAGUGUUCAGAACUUUGGUUGAAGCUUUGCCAGUUGCAGAGAGAUAAACAAGUGCUUCAGGAUAAACUUCAUGCAGAUGAGGUUUCUUUGUUGGAUUACAUCCUGCAGUCGUCCAUCCCACUACUGCAGGAUCCCGAGUUCCUUCCAUAUGUGUCACUAUGUCAGAGAGCCUCACUGAGGCUUCAAGCAGAGAUUGAAGAGCUGUCCAAUGAAAUGGAUGGUCACAAAGCAAUAAUGAAUGACUUUCACGGCAUAACAGCACUGGCAACAGCCCUUUAUAGGGCUCUCCAGGAUGUGGGACGGCUCUAUCCUUUUUACUUUUUUCCCCUGUGCAACUUCUUGAUUGCUUUGAGGAAAACGUUAGCCCUAAAGGGUUGGCCAGAUGCUACAUGCAGUGCUGAGAUGUUGGAGGGUGUUGUCAUGUCAGACAUUUCACACAGGAUAGUGUCCCACAUACUUGAUCACUAUAGACCCUAUUUAUUCCAGAACCAUGCAGAACUACUGAGGUUGUUUUUUUCUGUUGCAUUCUUCAUGCACACUGCGGGCUGCUCUGAGAUUGAACGUGUCAUUUUUCUCAGAGGACUCAGUAACAUUGAAUCCGCAGAAUAUGAUCCAUCACCUGAACAAUCUGGUCCAAUGCUUCCAAGCUGGAUACCAACCCAUGCAAAAGUUGUUUUAGGUCUCCUAGAGAAAAUCUCUUCCUUCCAUGGCUUGAUCGCCUCUUUGAGGAAUUCAUCCAGACAAUGGCAGGAGUACUUUCACUUUCCUUCGGCCACAGUGGUUGGAACUGUUCCUUGCCAGUCACACACCCAAUUGACAACAUUACAGCGUGCUAUUCUUUGGAAGACAUUCUGUCCACAAUGGCUUGCAGCAGUGGUGGAUGAUCUCUCUGCUUGUCAGCAAGGACAAAGUAUACGAUCAACUGUGGCAGGUGGUCCUCACACCAGUUCUCCAGAAGCACUCUCAAGCUUUUUAUCCAGAAAUAAAGGUCCAGUAAUUGUAACUAUGCCAAGUCAAAUAGAAUAUGGGUCAGGAGGCAUCCACCCACUGCACUGGAUUAAACACUCUGUUCUGCACCAAGCAGAGAUGAAAGAGGUGAAGGUGGUUGUACUUUCAUUUGGUUCUAAAUGCCAGACAGAUGAUGUUCUGUCCUCACUUAAUACAGCUACUCAGACUGGCUAUUGGCUAGUUUUGAAUAACUGUCACCUGCUUGAUCAUUGGGAUGCCAGAGUCGUUACUCAGCUAAGGCAGUUAAUAUCCUGCACAGAAAAUGGGCACUGGACGAAUAUUGAGGCAGAUAUGGGGCUUAAUCCAAUUGGAGGAGGUGCAGGAAAUCAAGUGCAUCCACACUUUCGACUGUGGUUUAUAACAAAAGGCAAUGCUCCGCUUUCUAUACCAGCUUUUAUUAGGAUGUGUGCCACGCAUUUGGUGUUUGACUCUCAGUGGGACCUGAAAGAUGAGCUGUGCUCCUCUUUGAGUCAAGUUACCUCUACAGUUCUUCCAACUAUGAACAUGGUGGAUCCCCUUCUUCGAUCAGCCAUCCUUCAUUCUGUGUUAAUGCAGAGACAAAAACUGCAGCAUCUGGGAAACGGGAGCAUUUACAAAUGGUCUUACGAGGACCUUCUCGCUCUGACUGAUGCAUAUGCCCGCAUUGCCAAACUGUGCCAUGAUCCAAUUGGAGCACUGGAAUAUGUAGCUGCUUACUUGAUAUAUGGUGGUCACGUGUCAGACUCCGCUGAUUUGGAAGCUGUGGAAGCAGUGUGCAGAGUUUGUCUACAACCACCACCAUCUACAUGGGGUAGUGGCCCUCAAAUUCUUUCAGAAAUGAUCAGUAUGAGAGGACAUUUUGAUGAGGACAUUCUGAAAACUGUACAGCACUGCCUUGAAACCACACUGAAUAACAAUGAUACCCUGCUUCUGGGAUUCAGUGCAGAGAUGACAAGUGAGAUAGUGAAAAUAAGAAGUCACUCACUCAGAAUUCUACUUCUUCAGUCCGAAGAGAGCUUUGCAGCUGUCGGACAUUAUAAUGGCAUGUUCGAGCAUCUUCCAGAACUUGCAGACUACAAAAUGGCUCAAGAAAGAUUAAAGGCUUUACAGACCAAGUUUGAAUGGAAAACGGAGAGCAGAAGUGUGGGUGAGGGAAAAGCCUCGCUGGGCCCCAUCCAUACUUUCCUACAGACAGAGUGGGAAAAUCUAGCAGAGAUAGUGUCAUCACUUCUUGGAAAUGCUUUUCAACCAUCCAAAGACCUUUCUGCUUCUCACAACACCAAAUCAUCCAUUAUUCCAGAGUUGGAGACUCGAGCAGACCUGCUCCAAAUGUAUCAGUUGGAAGAAUACAGUGGUUCACCUCCUGUCUAUUGUUUAUCUGCCUUUGCUAACCCCCAUGGUUUUCUAGCUGCUUUGAUCAGAGAGACUGUCCACAUUAAACAGAGUGAUAUCAGCCACAUUACGUUGCAUUUUCAGGUCCUAGGUUCUGCAGCAUCUCCAGCAUUUAAGCCCUCAAAUGGAAUCUAUCUUUCCGGAUUGGAGCUACAUGGAGCAUUGUGGGAUACACAACUUGGAGCUCUGCAGGACACCAUGUCACCCAAGCCUUGUCCUUUUCCUCUUCUCUGGGUAAGAGCUCAAGUAAGAAACUCCAACAUCAGCAACUCAUCUCACAGUUCACCUUCUAAUUCCUGCACCAAGGCUCUCUACAACUGUCCUCUAUAUCUGGACAGUCAGAGUAAAGAUGGAGUCUGGAGCCUCUCAGAGAACAAGAUUGUAACUUAUGUUCCACUUAUGACCAGAUUAGACCCAGUACUUUGCAAGAUGAGACGAGUUAGAUUAGUCAGUGCACUCGAAAAUAAAUUUGGGUAACGAUUAUAAAUAUUGGGAUACAUUUAAAAGACUGCACACCAACUUGGCAUUUUUUUUUUUAAUUAAAAGGUUUAAUGAUUUGCAUGAAUGACAUCGUAAAGAUAAUUAAACAAAAUCUGAAAAGUUAUUCUUUACAGUUAAAUUUAUAAUGGUAAAUGCAUGCAUUAAAUUAAUUUACAAAUCUCACUAAUACCAGCAUAAUGGUAUGCAUUCACUUUGAAGUCUUCAAACUCUCAA